AAUCUCUCAGCAUUCAGUAGUGGUGUUGACAAUGGAGAUCAGGGACAUGCCAGUCAUAUUCAUGUGGCCCAAACUUCAGCUACUGUGACUUCUGCUAAUCCAGCUAAUAUUUUGUUGCAAGAUCGUGGUCUCCAUCAAUAUCAGCCUAUUUCUCAGUCAAGAGAACAGUCAACUUCAGGCAGUUUAAAAAUGCAGAUGUCUUGCAACAGCUUAAAGGUGUCUUCGAAUAGAUAUUCAGGAUCUGGAGGCUCAUGGAUCUUGGGAACCCCAUUGGAUAAGCAGACCCUCCCUUGCAGAAGAAAUUAUUUUGAGGGAGAAGGAACUGCUGAAAUUAGCGUCGAUACAAGCCAAUUGUCAGGUAAUGUCAAGUUUAGCAACGAGGAAGAGACCGAUGAAGAGACUGCUGGAGCUGCAACGUCACCAAAAAUACACCAUCAGCACAAACAUCAGCAGUAUCAGGUUCAGCCGAAUCAGCACCAUCAGCAAGUGACCGAACAGUUAAUUGCCGAGGCUAAGAAGGCCUUGUUCCUGCAGGCAAAACUUUGCGAUCAUACGUGUAUGUUUAAAAAUAUUUGA